UCAGCAGACGUGUCUGACCAGAUCCUUCGGGUGGUGGCCCGGUCCAGUCGACUAGAGGAACUGGUUCUGGACAACGCAGGACUCACUAGGGAUUUUGCCCAGAAGCUGACGAAUGCCCUCUCCCAUAACCCCAACUCAGGACUCCACACUGUCAACCUUGCCAAUAACCCACUGGAGGAUCGAGGAAUCACCUCCCUGGGAGCACAGUUCGCCAAACUCCCUAAGGGACUCAAGCAUUUAAACUUUUCCAAAACCUCAUUGUCACCCAAAGGGGUGAACAGCCUUGCCCAGUCACUGAGUGCCAACCAGUCCAUCCCCAGCACCCUCAGUCACCUGGACCUCUCAGGGAACAUACUGCGGGCAGACGACAUCCCGCAUUUCUACCAUUUCCUGGGCCAACCCAACAGCCUGACGACUCUGGACUUGUCCAACACAGACUGUUCUCUGGACCUGGUGUGUUCUGCUCUCCUGAGGGGCUCCGUCCAGAACCUCUCUGUCCUCAACAUGUCCAAGAGUGUAUUUGCACAUAGGAAAGGCAAAGAUGUGCCUCCAUCCUUCAAGCACUUCUUCAGCAGCGUCGUGGCCCUCAGCUGCAUCAACCUUUCAGGAACCAAACUCCCUCCAGAGGCCUUGAAAGCUCUUCUGCUCGGUCUGGCCAGUAACCCCAACAUCAAGGAAGUGUCGUUAGACCUCAGCUGCUGUGAGCUUGGUCACUGUCUCAGGUCUGGGGGGUCACAGAUCCUGGAGGGAUGCAUCGCUGAGCUCCCCAACAUCUCCAGUCUGGACAUCUCUGACAACGGUCUGGACUCUGACCUGUCCACUCUGCUGGUGUGGCUGGCCAAGAACCGAUCCAUCCGACACCUUUCACUGGGGAAGAACUUCAACAACAUCAAGUCCAAAAAUCUGGCCCCUGUCCUGGACAAUCUGGUUCAUAUGAUUCAGGAAGAGGAAUCGCCCCUGACGUCUCUGUCCCUGGCUGACUCUAAGCUGAAGACGGACCUGACCAUUGUGCUGAAUGCUCUGGGCAGCAACACCAGUCUGACCAGGGUGGAUAUCAGUGGGAACGCCAUGGGAGACAUGGGGGCUAAGAUGCUGGCCAAGGCCCUGCAGAUCAACAGCAAACUAAGGACGGUGAUCUGGGAUAAGAACAACAUCAGUCCUCAAGGUCUUCAGGAUGUAGCAGCUGCUCUGGAGAAAAACUUCACCAUCCGGUUCAUGCCUAUCCCCAUCAUCGAUGCAUCUCAGGCUCUCAAAGCCAGCCCAGAGAAGACUGAGGACGCCCUGCUGAAGAUUGAGAACUACCUGUUCCGGAACCAUGAGACUCGUCAAUACCUCCAGGAGCAGGCCUACCGCCUCCAGCAGGGCAUCGUUACCACCACCACUCAGCAGAUGAUUGACAGGAUCUGUGUGAAAGUCCAGGACCAUGUCAACUCCCUGAGGAACUCUGAGACAGACGUGGUGUUAGACGACGUCAAGGUGGCUGAAAGCCUGAUGAAGGAUGCCAGGAACUCCAAAACGCUGCUUCCUAACCUGUACCACCUGGGAGCAGCGUCCAGAGAAGAGGUCAACGGUCAGUCAGUAGGACCCAUCCAGGAGAAACUGGAGUCCAUGGCUGGAGAGGUGGCCAGGGUCAUGGAUGAACAGCUACAGGGUCUGUUGGAGUCCAUGGUGGAUGCUGCGGAGGGUCUCUGUCCCCAUGUGAUGAGGAAGACUAACCUUCGUCAGGACCUGAUCAAAGCCAGCACAGCGAAGAUGGUGGUUCCCCGUAGUUUCGUCAAGAACACCCUGCUGGAACAGUCUGGAGUCGACAUCAUCAACAAGAUCAGUGAGGUAAAGCUGAGCCUGGCUUCCUUCCUCUCAGACCGUAUCGUAGAUGAGAUCCUAGAAGCCCUGUCUGGCUCUCAGCACACACUGGCUGACCACCUGGUGAGGAAGGAGCGUCCUCAUGUCCAGCGGGAGUCUGUGGACCUGGACGUACCCGAGGAGAGGGCUCCUAAACGGGCCACCACAGAGCUGAAUGAGGCAGAAAGGCUGGAGGACCUGGAGACAUGCAUGACUCUUUGCUGCACCAGUAUGACUCCCAAGUCCAAGAGGAAAAGCAUCCACAGUAGAAUGCCCGUCCAGUUUCUCGUGCCUUCGAGAUGGAGUUUGACCUUGACAAGGCCCUGGAAGAUGUUCCUAUCCACACAGAGGACCCUCCUGCACCUUCCCCUGCUCCUACCCUCUCGAGGUCAGAGAAGAGACCGUCAGGGGCCAUGGGAGAACUGCCCUCAGACGAGGCCAAGAAGCUGCAGCACUUCACCAAACUACGCCCUCGCAGGAACAAGAAGAUGCAGUCCAGUAAGAUACCGGUGAGUAUCGCCUCUGUGAGUUACUGCUGGGGGAAUGAGCAGGACAGUA